CUGCCAAUCAAAGCCCAUCAAAAAUUAAAAAGUCACUUUGUUUAGGACGAAAACUUUUUCGAAAAAAUAUAACACACUUUCAUUUUCUUUCACUUUCUCUCCUUAUAUUUUCAAUCAUGAGUGGACAGAUCUCUGCAUCAAAGGCCAAACGUCUUGCGGCUAGAGCUGCCAAAGCCGACAAAAAGGGCGGCAAAUCAGGAAAGAGCACUCCUGCCACAGCCUCUGGAAACAACUCUGGCGAUGAAUUAAACAUGGAAAGUCUCAGAAUCCACUCUGAACGUACCGCCACUGGUGUUUAUACCUCACAAGAAAGAAGCAGAGAUAUUAAGAUUGAUUCAUACUCUCUCAACUUCCACGGUCGUGUUCUGAUUGACAAUGCCUCUAUCGAACUUAACUUUGGUAGACGUUACGGUCUUAUCGGUUCUAACGGCUCUGGUAAGUCCACCUUCUUGGCCUCUCUCGCUGGUCGUGAUAUCGAGAUUCCUUCCCACAUUGAUAUCUACUUAUUAAAUCAAGAAGCCGAACCUUCCGAUAUGAACGCUAUCGAAGCUGUCAUUCACUCUGCUCAAAACGAAGUUGCCCGUUUGGAAAAGCAAGUUGAAGAAAUUCUCGGUCAAGAAGAUGGUGCCGAUAACCCAUUGUUGGAUGAUAUCUAUGAACGUAUCGAAGCCAUGGAUCCUUCUACUUUCGAAACCAGAGCCUGUACCCUUUUGGCCGGUUUAGGUUUCACUACUGCUCAAAUGCACAAGAUGACCAAGGACAUGUCUGGUGGUUGGAGAAUGAGAGUUGCUUUGGCCCGUGCCCUUUUCAUCAAGCCCACUCUCUUAUUGCUUGAUGAGCCUACCAACCACUUGGAUUUGGAAGCUACUGUCUGGCUUGAAGAAUACUUGAAGACCUAUGACCGUAUUCUUGUCAUGGUAUCUCACUCUCAAGAUUUCUUGAAUGGUGUCUGUACCAACAUCAUGCACUUGACAAGCAAGCGUAAGCUUAUUUACUAUGGUGGUAACUACGAUAUGUUUGUCAAGACCAAGGAAGAAAACGAAGUCAACCAAGCCAAGGCUUAUGCUAAGCAACAAGAAGAAAUUGCUCACAUCAAGAAAUUCAUUGCCUCAGCUGGUACUUAUGCCAACUUGGUCAAACAAGCCAAAUCUAAGCAAAAGAUUAUCGACAAGAUGGAGGCUGCUGGUUUGGUUGAAAAGGUUGAACAAGAAGCUACCUUCAAGUUCUCCUUCACUAAUGUCCCCAAGCUUCCCCCUCCUGUCAUGGCUUUCCAAGAAGUUUCUUUUGCCUAUGAUGGUAAUCCUGAUCACUACCUUUACAAGGAUCUCGAGUUAGCUGUUGAUAUGGAUUCUCGUGUUGCCUUGGUAGGUCCUAAUGGUGCUGGUAAGUCUACUCUGUUGAAGUUGAUGAACAGUGAAUUGGUUCCCACUGGUGGUCGUAUUCAAAAGCAUACUUCAUUGAAGCUCGGUAAAUACUCUCAGCACUCUGCUGAUCAACUUGAUAUGGAACUUUCUCCUAUCGAUUACAUGCGUAAGAAGUUCCCUGAAGAAGGUAGUGAUGUUGAAUUCUGGCGUCGUCAAUUGGGUCGCUAUGGAUUGACUGGUGCUCAUCAAACUUCAUUGAUCAAGACCUUGUCUGAUGGUCUCAAGUCACGUCUUGUGUUUGCCGAAUUGGCCAUUCUCCGUCCUCAUAUUAUCUUACUCGACGAACCUACUAACCACUUGGAUAUGGAAUCUAUUGACUCACUUGCAGAUGCCAUCAAACGAUUCAGUGGAGGUGUUGUUCUCGUCUCUCACGAUUUCCGAUUGAUUUCACAAGUUGCUCAACAAAUUUGGAUUUGUGAAAAGGGUGAAGUUAAAAACUUUGAAGGUUCUAUCAAGGAGUACAAGGAAGCUCUCAGAAAGAAUGUCAAAUUGUAAAUUUUCCCUUUUUUAUAAUUUUAUUUAUACACUUUUAUUUUUAUCAUCUUUUUAUAUGUUUUUCAUUUAUCCUCAAAAUAUCCUUUUUGUUUGCUAGACUCUUAGAAAUAAAUAAAAAUAUUGUCGAAUGUUGAAUUGUUAUACAUUUGACAGAUUUUGUUGUUCCGAAA